CUGCACUUUAAGAGUGUCACACUUCUUUUCUUUCUUUAAUGUCAACACAAUCAUCAAAAAGACCACGUCAACAAGACAAUGAUGUAGAUUCAGUUCAUUCUCAAAGAAUAAAAACUCUUAAUGAAGGAAGCGAUGAAGAAAUAGAACGUAAAGUAAAGGCACUUUGUCGAUAUGUUUUGGCUUGUGAAUACAAAAAGAUUAACAUCAGAAGAGAAAAUAUCAAUAAAAUAAUAACCCCUGAUAAUAAGCGACUAUUCAACACUUUACUUGACCAAGCCAAUCAACGAUUGAGAACUAUCUUUGGAUAUGAACUUCAGGAAGCUAUACUCAAAGAUAAAAGUGUGGAUGAACAACAUCAAUAUGAUACCCAAACACAGGCUGAAUCAUCCACACAGAGAAGAACGACAGGAGGCGGUACGUCAGGUGUUUAUAUUUUACGAAACAUCAUGAAGGAACACUUUAUUCUUCCAGACAUUGUAAAAAGAUCGACAGAAGAUUAUGUAAACACAGGUGUACUUUAUGUCAUUCUUGCUUUACUUUUCAUUCAUGAGCGUGAGAUGGAUAGCAAUGAUUUAUUUGAACAUUUAGAUCGUCUCAAAGUGACGCGAUAUGGUCAAGAACCAUUACCAGAUAGAGAUCAACUAAUGGAUACAUUUGUAAAGAAUCAAUAUAUCCGAAAGAUAAAACUAGAUGAACAAGAUGGAGAGGAAAUUCAAUAUAGGUUUCAAUGGGGGCCCAGAGCUUAUACGGAAAUACCUGCUCAAAACAUGGUCGAGUUUAUUUCGAGCGUAAGUGCUUUUGAUAUGGUAUAUGCAUGCUUUUUUAAUUUUAUAUAGUUUUAUAAUGUUGAAGGGCAAGAAAAGACGGAGCUUGUACGUAAUCUAUACCAAGCAGCAGGUUAUGAACUUAGGAAAUAAGGACGCAACUGGUCUGCUUCCUGUGCCAUAUCUUGUUCAGUUCGUGGCUCUCUUUCUUCAUUAUCGACACCCUUCUUGUCUAAUUCUUCAUAAACAUCAUCAUUAUUAGCCCAAUCACCCUUUUUACGAGGAAUGACAUGCAUAUGAACAUGAGGAACCUGACUAUGUUAAUAAACAUGCGUUGUAUAUACAAAGAUAUCUU